AUGGCACCGACCGGUACACCUCACAUUGCGACUAGCAUGCCUAUCGUACUCUCUGACACUACGCGAAAGCCACGUGCCGGUGAACAAGAUGGUCGCGAAUACAGUUUCACCACAAGCGAAGCCUUUCUUGCACUUAUAGACGAAGGCGGAUUCAUUGAGCACGCAAAGUUUGGAGGCAACUAUUACGGCACCAGUGUGAAAGCCGUCAAGGACGUCGCCGAGAAGGGAAGAAUCUGUGUAUUGGAUAUUGAAUUGGAGGGAGUAAAGCAAGUCGCUAAGUCUGAUCUCAAUGCUCGCUUUCUGUUCCUAUCUCCGCCAACUUUAGAAAUUCUGGAGCAGCGAUUACGAGGGAGGGGUUCAGAUGACGAGGACAGCGUGCAGAAGCGUUUAAAUCAGGCGAAGGUGGAGAUGGAAUUUGCGCAGAGCGGGGACAUUCACGAAAAAAUAGUGGUCAAUGAUACUUUGGACAAGGCCUAUAAAGAGGUGGAAGCGUUUAUUGUCGAUGGUGGGAAGUAUGGGAGUGGAGAAUGCUGA